AUGGCCGUUUGCAAGCUAUAUGUGUUUACAUCAAUUGGUGCUCCAUUCCAGCGUCUCCGAGCAGCCCCAGACGCCCCAGUGCACUGUCUCCGCGGUUCCCGUGCCUUUGGGCUGCUAUGGGUGUCCCCGCUGCGGGUUGAGCAGCUGAGCCCGGCAAAUAGAAGCGGGGAGGCAAGUCCUAGACAGAUUGGCGGUGGUGGUUCUUCAAAUUCUGGCACUAGAAGAAUGUCUGAAUUAAAAUUUCGGGAGGUGCUGCCCAAGCAAGGGAUGUUAGCAGUAGAUGAUGUGACUACUAUGGUGUUAUGCAAGCCGAAGCUGCUACCUUUAAAGUCAGUUACCCUAGAAAAGCUUGAGAAAAUGCAACGUGAAGCACAGGAAACUAUUCGACAGCAGGAACUACUUGCUCAGCAAUGUUCAAACUCUGAAUCCAUUCAAUAGUUUACUUAAUGGAGUUUCUGUACUGCUGUAUCAAUGUAUAUAGCAAUAUGAUAUGCUGUGUAAAACAUUACACAUAAACAGGAUAGUGUUGUAGAUUCUUACAAAUUUUCCCAAUUGUACUGCUCUCUUUUAAAAUAUAUUCAAGUAUGUAGUCAUUUAAAUCCAGGUAAUCUUUUAAAAAAUGGCAUUCAGAAUCCUGCUCCAGGAUUUCUGUAGUUUUUCAUAUCAUAGGUCAACUUAGCAGCCUUACAUACGUUACUGAACCUUUAACUCAGCACGGGGAACCUUUUUGGCCCAGCAGGUCAGAUCAUUCACCUCUGCAGGACAACUCUUGACAGGUGGCAGCUAAUUUGCCUGUUACCCAAUAUCAUAAUGAUGCUGGAUGAUUGCCAUGAGGGUUGCCACACCCACCAGCCCAUCCCUUGUGCAACACUUGGGAACCACAAUGCAAGUGGCUUUGCCAGCCCUAUGCUCAGCAAAUUGCAGUGUAUUGGGCUGACAAAGCUGCUUUCUACAGAGAUCAGCUGAGCAAUUGGGUUUCCCAAGGUUUAGGUUUAGAAAGGUUGACAUUUCUUGGUUGACAUUAAUAAAACUUGUUUCUAUACUAUUAAAUAUACCAAUAUGCUAAAGAGUA